ACCUUCACCCUGGCAAUAUUAUAGUUAAAUUCAUCAAACCUAAUAUAUUUUCGUUUCUUCAUUUUUGGUCAACUACCAAUACCAUGAAUGAUGAUGAAUUAUUUAAUACUUAUGAAACUGAAAUUGCUACUAAACGACUUUUAGAAUGUAGUCAUGAUAAAGAACUUUGGAAAAAUGAACUUAUCAAGUUGUGUAAUGAAGGUUAUCAACCACAAUUAGUAUUUAUAGAUGCUGGUUUAGUAACAAGUUUAAAUGAAGUAAAUAGAAAAAAUUUUCUCGAUUUAUUUCAAGCUGUAGCUGAAUUUGAUGGAUAUAAAGCAGGGCAAUUGAUGAUAGAACGAUGCAAAACUCCAGAGUUGGUAGUAUCGGGUGAUAUAUUCGCUUUAAAAAUGCAACAUUUGGUAUUGAACGUAAAAUCUUUAACAUUACAAUUGGGAAAAAUACGUAUUUCUGAUAUAUUAAAGACUGUUUUACAAAUGGUCAGGCAUCAUCACGUAAAACUAGAAGGUGAUUUUGUCAAUGUAAUAAUAUCAAUAUUAGUAUUAGAAGGUAUUGGAAGACAAUUAGAUUCAGAAUUGGAUUUAUUAAAAAAUGCGUUACCGAUACUGAGAAAAUUAGGUGCACAAGAAACGAGGCGGGGAAUGAAAGGAAGCAUCAAAGAAGUUUCUGGUGAGAGUGUGUGGAUGCUUAAGUUUUGGUUUUGGUUAGAAGCACGGGAAUGGUUAGAUAAUGCAUCAUGGCAAGAAUACGAAUUAUAUUACCAACGACACUUGUGGUGGGCUGAUAU